AUGUCACGGCUGGGCUUCUCCGAAAUCCAAAAGCCUUCUCAAAUUGCACGCGACUCCCUUGAACUUGCCUCCCUUGCCUCUUCCGAGCCUGAAGAAAGACGUACCUCCGAGUCCUCCUCUAGCUUGGGCAUAACUUCCUCGAGGAAGUUGUCCCUCGAGAACGAUGACCCCUUGGACGGUGCUAACCUAGCGGAUGGUGCCAGGCGCAUGCCUCACAAUAGAUCGUAUUCAAUAUCUUCAGCUUUCGACUUCACACCUGCUCUCUUCCCACUCUCUGCUACACAAGGAGGUUACGCUCCACUAGGUGCGCCAUCGUCUGUGUCGCUGGAAAGACAUCCUGGAAGUCUGGAAAGCGGAAACCUGGAAAAGCAUAAAACAUUGACUUACCUGAAUGGGCUAUCAUUAAUCGUGGGCCUGAUCAUUGGUGCAGGCAUAUUCUCCUCGCCAGGUUUGGUCAGCUCACACGCCGGCAGCCCCGGCGGUUCUUUGGUUGUAUGGACAGUGGCAGGUAUAUUAGCAUGGACAGGUGCCGCUAGUUACGCUGAGCUCGGAGGAGCCAUCCCACUGAGUGGAGGAGCACAAAUAUACUUGGCAAAGAUCUUUGGGGAGCUAAUGGGUUUUCUCUUCACCUGGUGUGCUGUCAUGGUCUUGAAACCUGGAGGCUCGGCCAUUAUAGCUAUUAUUUUUGGAGAAUAUCUGGUUCGAGCAUUUUUUGGAGCGGAGGUUGAGACGAUAAAUCCCUGGAUCAACAAAGGAGCAGCAAUUGGAUGCAUCAUCGCCGUUACUCUGGUCAAUUCCAUUUCCACGAAGAUGGCAACCCGAAUCAGUGAUACAUUUAUGUUUCUAAAAUUCGUGGCUCUUCUUGCGGUCACUGUGCUGGGAAUCGUUGUCGCUGCUACUGGUCUGUCCUUCCAGAAUCAUCCGAACGAAGACUGGAAGUCACAUGGCUGGUUUUCAGGAACGAGCACUGACAUCACAGACUGGGCCGUUGCUAUCUAUGCUGGUCUAUGGGCUUUCGAUGGCUGGGACAAUACGAACUAUGUUACGGGCGAAUUCAAAAAUCCAGCUCGAGAUCUUCCAAAGGUCAUCCAUACGGCCAUGCCACUCGUGCUCCUAUCGUACCUCCUUGCCAAUGUCGCUUAUUUCUUUGUUCUUCCGAAAGCUGUCAUUGAUCAUAGCAAUACCGUGGCUGUCGUUUUUGGCUCACAAAUAUUUGGCCCAAUUGGAUCCCUGGUUCUUGCACUUAUUGUCAGCGCAAGCUGCUUUGGUGCCCUAAAUGCAACUACCUUCACUUCCGGUCGACUUGUCUAUGUCGCAGGAAGAGAAGGCUAUCUUCCUGCCGUUUUCGGUAAGAUCGGAAUAGGCAAUCCAGAGGUCCCUAAUCUUGGUCGGCUGAGGAAACGCUCAUGGCUCGUCAAGACUGUUGCUCGAGUGUUUGGCGAUGAAGGGAAUUUGGGCCUUACGCCGAUCAAUGCCAUGGUUUUGAAUGGGGUACUUUGUAUUGGAUACAUUGUGGUGGGAGAGUUUGAAACCCUGAUCACGUUCUCCGGCGUUGCUGGAUACACGUUUUAUUUUCUCACCGUGCUCGGACUGAUUAUUUUGCGGAUCAAUCAGCCAAACUUGGAAAGACCGUAUCGCACUUGGAUCACGACCCCUAUCAUAUUCUGUUGCGUCAGUCUGUUUUUGGUCAGUAGAGCUGUGAUCGCUCGACCAUUCCAGACGAUAGUCGUUCUUGUGUUCAUUGUGACAGGAAUACCGGUGUACUUUUGGAGGAUAUCAAAGCGGGAUGGGCCUCGGAAGGAAACCAGUAGCAGUAUGAGGUUCUGGAGGCGAUGGGGAAGGUCUAACAACGACUCUUGA